GGUGUCUCGGCGACCGCUCCGAAUCUACGUCGAUCUUCAACCCGCUCCACCAGUAUGCCCGUAGGGUCAAACGUGACAGCGGCAACAGUCGGCCUACAGGCUAUGAGAGGCAGGCACUCGUGAGCAGGCGGCAGACACUGCACAGGAGCAAAGAAGACUGCAUCGCUGUUAAGUUAGAUCUGAACUGGAGCCGCAAAGAAACGGCCGAGGUUUACCGAGAUCUCAUCGAGAUCAGCUUGAAGACCUGAAACCCUAAUGACGCUCAGGAUUGAAAUGCGAUGAUCUCUUUAAUCAUGGCGAUGACCAUGAUAGGUGGAGUGGUGGUGUCCAAAAGAUAUAUAACGAGUCCAACUUGGACUCGAGAUUGAACAUCCACAACAACAUCAACUCAACAACAAUAACAAACACAACAACCACAACAGCGACCAAUAGCCGACAACUACCAAUCAAUCAGUCGACCAAAAAUAAAUUCACAAUGUACCCCUCCGUCGUCGCCACACUUGCUCUCGCGGCUUCUGCUCUCCCAGCUCUCGGACUUGUCUCCAAUGUCAUCGCACCUUCCACCGGAGUCUGCGGACAAAACAUCUCAGUCACUCUUCAGGGUCAGGAGUCUUUGACCAACAACCUCGUCUUUGGUGCUGCCUGGGGCGUCAAGCCAGCCUCUCUCAAGAACUGCACUUCUUGCUUGGGAUACAAAGCUGGAUAUCAGGAUCUCUCCAAAAACGAAAAGCUUCCUUUCGGAAGAAACGAGACCUUCCAAGUGGAGAUUCCCGAUCUGCCAAACGGAGAAUACUACUUCGUCACCACCAUCCCGUACGAGGUCGGAGAGAGUGGAGGAGUUCAACUCCGAACUUGGAACCAAUCCUUCACCAUUACUGGCGACUGCAUGAACUAAAGCAUUACACGACACGCAAACGAUCUACAAUGAAUCCUGUACAGACUCGGACAAUAUCUCCCAUACCACAGUACCGUCGUACCCAGAGCGCCACAACCAUGCAUACAUUGACGUAGAUAAACCGCCGUUCUCAAUGUAUACAGUAUCUGUUG